AUGUUCUAUGGUCCGGCCAAGCAAGAAGGUGACAUUCCAAUCGUCGACUCAACUCCCGAGGCGUUCAAGGAGUUUUUGCAAUUCUUCUACCUUGGAACGGUAAAAUUGACGGCGGAUAAUGUGGCCGAUGUCUGGAACCUCGGCAAACAAUACAUGGUCGACGAUUGUUGCAUGGCUAGUUCGAAUUUCUCUGAGGAAACACUUACAUUGGACAACAUGUGCUGGGGAUUUGAACUGGCCAUUCUCUUCGAACAAGAUCGUUUGAUGAAGUUAUGUGAACAGAAAAUCAGCGAGAACCCGAAAGAAAUAUUCAAGUCGAAUGGCUUUCUGACAUGUGGAUCAAAUGUCUUGGCUCGCAUCCUACAGUUGGAAUCACUGAACUGUGAUGAAUCGAUGGUGUUUGAUGGAUGUGUGGCAUGGGCUAAAGCUGCCUGCAUUCAGAAGGGAUUGGACGAAACGAAUAUGCAGAAUCUACGCAACCAGUUGGGUGACCUGUUCUACGAGAUCCGUUUUGGCGAUAUGACGGCCGAAAAAUUCUUCAUGCGUUAUCGUGCAUAUGAAAAAAUGUUUUCAACAGAGGAGUGCAAAGAUAUUUUCGGAAUGAUCGCAUCAAUGGAUUAUCAACCACCGAAAUUCAAUCGGAAUGCACGCAUGGCGGUCCUAAAGCUGAACAAAAACACUGAUCAGCUCAUUUGUGAUCGAAUUGACCCAACUUGCUUGGACCACAAAAUAUAUCCUUUUCAAAAUUCGCGAGAUGAUACUGUUUUUUCAUCCAAUUGUGCACUACUUCUGAAAGCAAUUCAAUGUAAUGAACUGUUUCAUUCCGAAUUUGAAUGUAAUAAAUCUACAUCAAAUGCAGCACAUUCUACAAAUACCAUACCAGCUGAAAUGAAUGUGAUCGAACUUUCAAAUGAACGUUGUAAUGGGGAAAGGAAUGGAAGGUACAUUGGAAACAACAAUAAGAUAAUUUAUGAUGCACAAGUGAUUCUUCAUUCAUCGCAUGGAACCAUUGUCCACCUUUCAACACCAAUCGUCAUUCGACCAGAUCUGAAGUAUAAUAUUACUUUUAAAUUUAAUUUUGAUGGCUGCUACACUUUGAUGACCAUGAAGCCCAAGGUACAAAUGGAACAAGGCGUUGAAAUUGAAUUCCACAAGAUGAAUGCAUGGUAUCAUUUAAGUCAAGGAAAUUCAAUUCGUUCAAAUAGAAUCCGUACAACUGUUGAUCAAGGACUAGUCAAACAAUUGAUCUUCGUGAAAUCUGAAGAAUAA